CAUCAGCGACGUGGUGCUGGCCGACGAGGGCGAGUACACCUGCUCCAUCUUCACCAUGCCCGUCAGGACAGCCAAGGCCCUGGUCACCGUGCUGGUCAGGACUCAGAUCCUGAGAUCCCACACCGCUGUCCCCUGGGAUGCUCCGGAGGGAGGUGACACCAUCACUUGUCCUUGUCCCCUUGCAGAGAGCCAGCCCACGACGUCGGACGAGACCGUGGUGGCCGGGGGCACGGUGGUGCUCAAGUGCCAGGUGGAGGAUCCCGACGAUUCCUCGCUGCAGUGGUCCAACCCUGCCCAGCAGACGCUGUACUUCGGGGAGAAACGAGGUAAAACCCCAAAGGUUGGGGAAAAAUGGGGUGAAAUCCCAGGGUUUGGGGAAAAUGGGAGAUCCACGCCCAACGAGCUGACCAUCAGCAUCAGCGACGUGGUGCUGGCCGACGAGGGCGAGUACACCUGCUCCAUCUUCACCAUGCCCGUCAGGACAGCCAAGGCCCUGGUCACCGUGCUGGGUACGACAUGGGUUGUGCCACCCUUGAUGAAAGAUUUCCCAGUGCCAGACAAACCCACGGCGAAGAUCGAGCCGCACCCUCAGUACCCGCGGGAGGGGGAGAAGCUGCAGCUGCAAUGUGACGGCCAGGGCAACCCCAUCCCGCAGGAAUUCCUCUGGGAGAAGGAGGGCAGCGACGCCCCCCUGCAGCUGAGCUCCGACAGCGUCCUCAUCUUCCCCUUCCUCAACAAGAGCGACAGCGGCACCUACGUGUGCACGGCCACCAGCUCCAUGGGCAGCGUGGUGGCCAAGUACAACCUGGACGUCAGCGGUGAGUGCGGCCCUGCUGCCACCGGGUGCCCAAAAUGUGGCACUGUGUUAUCUCUGUCACCUGUGUGCCCACAGAGUGGCACUGUGUCACCUGUGCAUCAUGUGUGCCCAAAAUGUGGCACUGUGUCACCUGUGUGCCCAAAAUGUGGCACUGUGUGUCACCCGUGUGCCCAAAACAUCCUGUGUGCCCAAAAUGUGGCACUGUGUGUCACCUGUGUGCCCAAAAUGUGGCACUGUGUCACCUGUGUGCCCAAAAAGUGUUACCGUGUCACCCGUGUGCCCAAAAGGUGGCACUGUGUCACCUGUGCAUCCUGUGUGCCCAAAAAGUGUCACAGUGUCAUCCCUGUCACCUGUGGGUGA